UUUUUUCUUCUCCACAAUCGUUUCAGAUCAUUCAAUGGCACCCAGGCGUACGCAAGCGGAGCAACCAAUGAAUGAUUGGGAGGAGUUCAGAAGAACUAUCAUGACGAUGCACGAGAAUCUGUUGGAUACGAUUCAAACUUCGUUUCGUGAGCUUGCAGAGACGAUACAUGAUCGGGAUCGGGAUCGCAACAGAGAGAGACAACAGUCGGACGAUGGAUUGUCUGAUGAAGAAGAUAACCCGUUUGCGGCUGAGAAUCACCGUAGGAAUAGAGCGCGUCCCCGUCAUCGAGAUCAUGAUGAUCGAGGUUGGGAGUUGGGCUUUAAGGUGGAAUUACCUGAGUUUCAUGGCGGUGUUCGUGGGGAAGAGCUACUUGAUUGGCUCGUGGCGGUGCAGGAGAUGUUGGAAUUCAAGCGUGUUCCUGAAGCACGCAAAGUCGCACUGGUGGCUACAAAGUUUCGGGGGAAAGCUGCGUCGUGGUGGCUUCAACUGAAAGCGACUAGAGCUCGAUUGGGGAAGAGUAACGUUGAUACAUGGGCAAAACUUGAGAAAGUGAUGCGGAAGUCGUUUCUUCCCUACAACUUUGAGAGAACUAUGUUCACUCGGUUUCAAAACAUUCGCCAGGGAGCGCGAUCGGUGGAUGAUUAUGCUGAGGAAUUUUCGUUACUGUUAACUCGUAACGAGAUACUAGACAGUGAGACCCAACUUGUCUCGAGAUUUAUUGGUGGCUUGCGUUCUCAAAUUCAAAACGCAAUGUCGCAAUUUGAUCCUCUCACGGUGGCGGAGGCUCAUCGUCGAGCUGUUGCCUUCGCGGCUCAGUUUAAGUCGAACUCUUCAACAUGGAACUCCUCAACGCGUGCUCGUCAAGUAACUGGUGCUACGGACGGAAAUCAACAGGCUUCUUUACCAAAAAGCGACACCGGAGCCGGGAAAGGAGAACCUUUUGGCAAAACACCUGUUGCUACGGAGGAUCUUCGUCGCUCAACGAGACCAAACGCACUGCGUUGCUAUACUUGUGGGGAGCUAGGGCACAGACAAACUGCCUGUCCCAAUGCUAAUCGUCGUGGUCUGCUGGCGGAAGAAACCAAGUGGGACGAGGAGCAUGAUGAGGAUGAUGACGAGGUGAUUGAGGAAAUAUUAGAUGAUCACAAUACAGGGGAUAAGGGCACAUUACUGAUGCUAAGGCGUAUUUGUUUGGCACCAAUACGACAUAAUGACCAACCGUGGUUGCGCAACAACAUUUUCUCGUCUACCUGCACCAUCAACGGCAGAGUGUGUAGCUUUGUCAUAGAUUCGGGAAGCUGCAGGAAUGUGAUCUCCGAAAGCGCAGUUUUAAAACUUGGUCUGCGCCGUUCAAAUCACCCUGCUCCUUAUAAGUUGGUAUGGCUUCAAGAGGGUAUUGACAUUCGAGUAGUCCACCGCGUGUUAGUUUCUUUGUCGAUUGGAGAAUACUACAAGGACAAGAUAUACUGUGAUGUCGUCCCUAUGGAUGUCAGUCAUAUACUGCUGGGUCGUCCCUGGCAAUACGAUCGUGAGGUGAUGCAUAACGGCCGCACCAAUGAAUACAGUUUCUUCUUCGAAAAACGCCGCAUUGUUCUCCUUCCUACUCGCGAAAGCCCUGCCGUACCCGCUGUACAGGACUCGAGUGUUCCCGCUCACUUACGAGAAGGAACGGGAUCGAGCAAUCCGGUUUUGUUCUGCUCUUAUGCAUCAUUUGCAGAGGAGUUUCGUCAGGAACAAGUCAUGUAUGCAUUGCUCACAAUGCCGAAGGCAGAACCAGCACCACACACUGUUGACCCAGCGAUUGCAAAACUCUUGUCAGAGUUCGAUGAUGUCUUUCCCACAGAGCUACCAUUAGGCCUCCCGCCUCUCAGGGAUAUCCAGCAUCACAUUGACUUAGUGCCAGGGGCUACACUGCCCAAUCGUCCUCACUACCGCAUGAGUCCCCAAGAACACGAGGAGUUACGCAAGCAAGUGGAGGAGUUGCUGGCUAAGGGUCAUGUUCGCGAGAGUCUUAGCCCUUGUGCAGUACCUGCCUUACUAAUUCCUAAAAAGGAUGGUUCAUGGCGCAUGUGCGUCGACAGUAGAGCUAUCAACAAGAUUACAGUGAGGUACAGAUUUCCGAUUCCGAGGCUCGAUGAUUUGCUGGAUCAGAUUGGCUCGGCUACAAUCUUCUCUAAACUGGAUCUUAAGAGUGGUUACCAUCAGAUUCGUAUCCGACCGGGCGAUGAAUGGAAGACUGCCUUCAAGACUCGUGAGGGACUUUUUGAGUGGCUAGUAAUGCCUUUUGGAUUGUCCAAUGCGCCAAGUACCUUCAUGCGAAUCAUGAAUCAGGCGUUGCGUCCGUUCAUUGGUCGUUUUGUAGUCGUCUACUUCGACGACAUUCUGAUCUUUAGCAGCUCGCUAGAGGAACACAUUGACCAUCUGCGACAAGUGCUUGCGGUGCUUUGCAGAGAGACUCUUUUUGUCGCAAGACAGAAGUGUGAGUGGGGCGUAAAGCGCGUCCUUUUUCUUGGCUAUGUUGUUUCGACAGAAGGGUUGUCGAUGGAUGAGAGCAAAGUGGAGGCAAUACGAUAAUGGCCUGCGCCUAAGACAAUAUCGGAGGUCCGUAGUUUCCAUGGAC